CCGCAACGAACCAGGAACCUCGACACGAACCGUCGUCGCAGAUCAGCCGACCUAUAAAGGCUCAGAUACUAUUCGAUCGUCACAGGAAGGAAUUUUCUGUAGCUGAUCCGACGUGCUUUCUGCUAUUGUCACGUAUGCCAUACGCAACGUUUUCGUGCGAAAGCGGGCCAUCAUCUUUGCUUCCGAGACUCAGCCGUGUGCAAUUUGACCUGCAGCGUUGAAGAAGAGAGUCUGAAUUCUGAGGUGGAGUCGAGUCCCUCAGCAAUGGGUAGAGCGGCCCUGAUCUGCGGUGCGACCGGAAUUGUGGGCAAAUAUUUGGUGGACAUGCUUUCCAGCCCCGACUGCCCGUCCGGACCAUGGAAGGUGUACGCGCUAGCUCGAAGAUCCCACACUGGUGCCAAAGUUUGCUUCAAGUCCGAGAACUAUACGUACAUUCAAGCGAAUCUGCUGGAUAAGGACGACACCUACGAGAAGCUAUCGCCUCUGAAAGACGUGAGCCAUAUCUUCUGGGUGACUUGGGUACAGGGCAAGGACGAGGAAGAGAGCUGUGCGAAGAAUGGUCAGAUGCUCAUCAAUACUCUGGAUGCCGUCGUGGCGAAUUCCAGUGCUUUGGAGCACAUCGUUCUUCAGACGGGAUGUAAGCAUUAUCUUGGACCCUUCGACCAGUUCGGUGGAGACGUGAAGCCUCACGACACCCCAUUCCGAGAGGAUGUGCCCAGACUUCCAGGCCAGAAUUUCUACUACACCUUGGAGGAUAUUGUGUUCAACCACCUCAAGCAGCACCAAGGUCAUCUGACUUACUCCAUUCACAGACCGACCAAUAUCUUUGGGUUCUCAGCUGGGAAUUUGAUGAACUUGUUGGGAACGCUUUCAGUGUAUGCAGCCAUCUGCAAACACGAGGGACUUCCAUUUGUGUUUCCAGGAAACAAAAUCUCUUGGGAGCAGCUGUCCGAUGCCUCCUCCGCAGAUCUGAUUGCAGAGCAGGAGAUAUGGGCCGCCACCACUAUCGAUGCCAAGAACCAAGCUUACAACAUCUCCAAUGGAGAUGUUUUCAAGUGGAAGAAAUUGUGGCCAUUGCUUGCCGCUGAGCUUGGAAUUGACGCCGCCCCAUAUCACGGAGAGCCUCUGAACUUGACUCAGAACUUCAGCGGGAAGGAUCAAGCAUGGGAUACGAUUGUGAAGGAAAAGGGCUUGGUUCCGACCAAAUUGAAAGAUGUUGGCAAUUUUUGGUUCGCGGACCUCGUCCUCAACGUGCCGUUCGAGAAUGUGAGCUGCAUGAACAAGGCCAAGGAGUUCGGAUUCCAUGGCUUCCGUGACACGGAAAACUCAGUGAAGUCUAUCAUUCAUGAAAUGGUCGAAGCUAAAAUCAUACCGUCAUUCCACGAAAGAUAUCAGUUGAGACACACAGCUGAAUGAUCAGUUUCGACUCUGCGAAAUUUUUGACAUAGUAACUCGUGCAGUGUAGGAAAACGUAGAGGAUGUUCUUCCACUGUCCUCGUUUUCAUCGUUAUUUGCUUCAACUGUUUGUAUGGCCUUUUUGGGUACCGAACGUAGAGUCGACCGUGAAGGAAUGUUGAUAGAUACAUGUGACUUCAGUUGCCAGCCCCAAGAGGGCGGAAGUUAUCUAAUUAUCUCGAAUGGUUAGGACAGAGGCAGGCACAGAUAUAACCCUUGGAAAAAGCCCGGGAACAUUUGCAAUGUAGUGACUGUAAAGCUUGUUAAAUUAGAAUCAUCUAAAUUUCUAAACUAUAAUUAUGAUUGAAGCA